AUGGGCGCUUGGAUGGUAAAUACUCUUCGAGGAUGGCUUGCAUUUUUAUCAUUUAUGCACUUUGGAACCGCAUCUCGAUGUUUUACUGAUGAGAGCUUUCUUCAGGCUAAACUGUACAUAGUUAAUAUUGCUCUGAAAGGAGGUGGUUUUGAAAUGGACAGGAUAUUUGGAUUUUGGUCUCUCACCAAUGCAAUCAUUUUCUUGUAUGCUGCAGUUUUUAUUCACAAUCUCCCAGUAAUGUCCCUGAGUGGUCUAAUGGUGGUGGUGUACCUUUUUUACUUCAUGAUAGAAACAUUCCUGUAUAAAAGCAUAUCUAUAUCAGGAGCUGGACUGUAUCCAGUUACUGUCAGUGCCAUGACUUUAGUCUGGAUGGGCCUUUCGUACAAGUCCAUGAAAGAAGGGUCAUAUUACCAGGAUGAUGCAGAUGAGAAUGAAGAGCUUCGUAGGAAGAUGCCUUUCAGCAAGCCAACAAAGAAAACAAGAUGAUCAUUUCUUAUUUGUAACUCUCUGAAUUUCAGACCUUCUUUGUAUAUUGUUGAAGUUUUAGAGAAGUAGUCAGAAUAAUUAAUUUAAACAUUUAUAAUUAGUCUUAAAAAUUUUCUUCAUCUCUGCUAUUGAAAUCAUAAUUCUCAUAUUUAUCCCUUUCACCUUUGAAAUAUGAAGAAUGGAAGUGCCUAAGUAAGGCAUUGUACGGCAUCAGUUGUUAAAAGGAGAAAAUGUAUUUUAAAUCAUAAAGUUUUGUAGUGGACUUUAUAAUUCCAUUUCUCUAGAAGCUUUGGCUUGAAGUUUGUUUUUUUUUUAGUUGUAAGAGUGAUCUCAUCGUCAUAGAAUCGUGCCAUUUCUCAGAUUCUUUGUGUCACAUAUGUACAGUACUAAUCACUUUGUAUAGUCCCUUUGCAUUAGAAGGUACAUACAAAAGUAAUUAGUAGUCUGUAUGUAUUAGUUAAAGAUAUUUAAAGCAAGUGUAUAAUUUAAUACAUAGAUAUCUAAAUAUCUGAAGUUUUGCUUGUAAUAUAUUGUUUGAAAUCAAAUAUACCUCUUUAACUAGAAAUACAGUAAAAUCAUUUUAUACACUUCAAGUUAAACUUUCUUUGAUCUGUGUACCAAGGUAACUUUCAAUAUAAUGCCCAGUAGCUGUGUUUGUAUUCUUUGUGCUACCAUAAAGAAGCUUAGUUUUGUAUUUACGGGUUUCCUAUUAGUGAGAAAAAGCUUGAGUGUCAACUUUUGAGAUCGAAUAAGUAGUAAAAGAAUAUUUAGGAUUUUGAAAAAUCUAACCGGAGAAUACUAGUGGGUGCAUUUCAGUAAAGUUAUUUCUUUUUUAAGGCAUUUUCACCUUUGUUUCCUAAAUUAAGUCCAGUCAGUACAGUAAUAAUAUUUCUUGUGAUCCAACAAACUUAUUAUUACAGACUUUUAGAAUUCCACCCUUCUCUUCUCCUUUAGUCAUUCUUUACUGUAUGAGGCCUCUUUGAUAUUUUUUUGAUAAUUGCAAAAAAUACAAGAAUACGUAUUUUUAUCAUUUGAAAACUGUAAGACUGUAUUUCUUGACUUCAAACACUCCACGUUAGGACAUCCACAAUAACUCUAUUAUUUAAGUGAAUUUUCAUCCAUAAUUUCAGACAGAGGAUGUCAACAAAAUUUGUCACUUGUCAACCCAUAUUUAUCAGUUUAGGUUUUAAUGGGUAAUGUUUUAAGUUUUAAGCCUAUGCGUUUCAGAUAAAAAAACAAUUGAUUUGUGAAAUGCAAAUUAUAAGAAAAUUGGAUUCAAGCCAGUAGUUUUGAGAUUUGAUUACUGAAACCAGUAAAAUACUUCAUAGAUCCAUCUUGUGGUAAAGGAAUCUUAAAAAAAAUUAUCUUUCUGUAGCAUAGCUGGACUGGGGCUGGGCGGUCAGACCAAUGUUUUACGGGGUGGGGGGGGGAUAAAAUAAAACUGUGUUCUUUGUCCACAUUCUUACAUGAGUGUUUUUAUUUUACACCUUCACCAAAAAUAGUAUAUUUGAUUUUCAUACUUUAACUGAGUUUAUCAAAAAUUAGUCUGUAAAUAUCUUAAAAAAACAUAUAAAAUUUUUAUAGUUUUACUUUUUUUUA